AUGGGGGUGAACGCCGUGCACUGGUUCCGCAAGGGGCUGCGCCUCCACGACAACCCGGCGCUGCGGGAGUGCAUCCAGGGCGCCGACAGCGUGCGCUGCGUCUACAUCCUCGACCCCUGGUUCGCGGGCUCCUCCAACGUGGGCAUCAACAGGUGGCGGUUUCUGCUUCAGUGUCUUGAAGAUCUUGAUGCCAAUCUACGAAAAUUAAAUUCUCGUUUGUUUGUGAUUCGCGGACAGCCAGCAGAUGUGUUUCCCAGGCUCUUUAAGGAAUGGAACAUUGCAAAACUUUCUAUUGAAUAUGAUUCUGAGCCAUUUGGGAAGGAGAGGGAUGCAGCAAUUAAGAAGCUGGCUAGUGAAGCCGGAGUGGAGGUCAUUGUACGAAUUUCGCAUACAUUAUAUGACUUAGACAAGAUUAUAGAAUUAAAUGGGGGACAGCCACCUCUUACCUAUAAAAGAUUUCAGACUUUAAUCAGUAGAAUGGAACCACUGGAGAUGCCAGUGGAAACCAUCACUGCAGAAGUAAUGGAAAAGUGCACUACUCCAGUUUCUGAUGACCAUGAUGAGAAAUAUGGUGUUCCGUCACUAGAAGAGCUAGGUUUUGAUACAGAUGGUUUGCCUUCAGCAGUGUGGCCAGGUGGAGAAACAGAAGCUCUCACACGACUGGAAAGGCACUUGGAACGAAAGGCUUGGGUAGCAAACUUUGAAAGACCACGAAUGAAUGCAAAUUCCCUUCUUGCAAGUCCCACAGGGCUUAGUCCCUAUCUGCGGUUUGGCUGUCUGUCAUGUCGCCUUUUUUAUUUCAAGUUAACAGACCUAUACAAAAAGGUAAAGAAGAACAGCUCCCCUCCCCUCUCCCUUUAUGGCCAACUCCUGUGGCGUGAGUUUUUCUACACAGCAGCUACUAAUAAUCCACGCUUUGAUAAAAUGGAGGGAAAUCCCAUCUGUGUUCAGAUUCCAUGGGAUAGGAAUCCUGAGGCUUUGGCCAAGUGGGCAGAAGGCAGGACAGGAUUUCCUUGGAUUGAUGCAAUUAUGACACAGCUCCGUCAGGAAGGUUGGAUUCACCAUUUAGCCAGACAUGCUGUGGCAUGCUUCUUGACUCGAGGUGACCUGUGGAUUAGUUGGGAAGAAGGAAUGAAGGUGUUUGAAGAAUUGCUGCUUGAUGCGGAUUGGAGUGUAAAUGCUGGAAGCUGGAUGUGGCUUUCCUGUAGUUCGUUUUUUCAGCAGUUUUUUCACUGCUACUGUCCUGUGAGUUUUGGCAGAAGAACUGAUCCUAAUGGGGAUUACAUCAGACGUUAUUUGCCUAUACUUAGAGGUUUCCCUGCAAAAUACAUAUACGAUCCUUGGAAUGCCCCAGAGAGCAUCCAGAAGGCUGCAAAAUGUGUAAUAGGAGUUCAUUAUCCUAAACCAAUGGUAAAUCAUGCAGAAGCAAGCCGCCUGAAUAUUGAGAGGAUGAAACAAAUCUACCAGCAGCUUUCACGAUACAGAGGAUUGGGUCUUCUUGCAACAGUGCCUUCUAACCCAAAUGGAAAUGGUGGCCUAAUGGGAUAUUCACCAGGAGAAAACAUCUCUGGUUGUAGUAGUGCAAGUGGAGCUCAAAUGGGAAGCAAUGAUGGUCAUACAGUGGGCGUUCAGAUAUGUUCCCUAGAAGACUCACAUGCAGGAUCAAGUGGAAUUCAGCAGCAUGGUUAUUCUCAAGGCAGCAGUAUUGUACAUUAUGCCCAGGGAGACCAUCAGCAAUCACAUUUACUGCAACAAGGAAGAACAGGAAGCACUGGUAUCAGCGCUGGGAAACGCCCAAAUCCAGAAAAGGAAACUCAGAGCAUUGGGCCGAAAGUCCAGCGACAGAGCACUAAUUAGAUUGCAUUGUUGGAAGGGAAGAUGCCGCACAGAAUGUGUUGAAGGCAAAAUUUUGUUGCGCUGUAUUGGAGCUAAAGUAUUGUGAUAAUAC